AUGAUGUCGACCGCCCACACGGGCCGCGAGCUCAACCAGAGUCAUCCUCCACGGUCGUUUAAUUAUUACCUCGUCGACGGCCCGAUCGAGGAGGCGACCUUGCCCACUUACCGUCGCGAGCUCUUCCACCCAACGCACCCUGACCAGAUCCUCAACUCCAAGUAUCGGAUCGUCUCGAAGCUCGGAUAUGGCGCUUAUUCGACCGUCUGGCUUGCUGAAAAUCUGAGCUGGCGCGAGAAUGAGCCGACGGAACCCCGCUAUGUCACCGUCAAGAUUGGGGUCCGUGACCUCGAGACUGUCAAGGAAGAAAAGGCCCUCUGCGACCACAUUGCUACGGCAGCGCCAGAGUCGGGCUUCGCCAGUCUUCUCAGGCUCCCCAUUGACAGCUUCGAUCUCGAAGGCCCGGAUGGGUCCCAUCCGUGUCUCGUCUACCUUCCAAUGCGAGAGAGUCUCGACACCUUCCAAGAGCACGAAUUCGGAAGAGAAGUCACUCCGGUACUGACAAAGCUGCUGGCCGCUCGGCUCCUCGGCGCCGUACACUAUCUUCACGAAGCCUGCGGCGUCAUUCACACGGAUAUCAAGGAGGAAAACAUCCUGCUCAGUGUCGAGGACCCCGCCGUGCUGGACGACUUCGUUCGUGAAAAACAGAAGCAGGGACCUCAGCCGCGCCAUGUCAGCCCGGACGGCCGGGCCACCUACGUCUCCCACCCCCAUCUGGGGCCCUUUCGGAGCCUCAAGUUCACAUGCCAGCUUUCGGACUUCGAUAGGACAUAUCCAUUGAAACCAGGCAAAGCCUACCUGCACCCCCUCGUCCAGCCGCACACAUACCGCGCCCCAGAAGUCUUGCUGGGGGCAGGCUGGUCAGCACCCAUCGACAUGUGGAACAUCGGCUUGGUGGUAUGGAAGAUGAUGCAGGGAAGCGACCUGUUUGAGAGAGACUACAUGUGCGAUAAAGACGGAAAUUACAGCGCGCAGGCCCACCUCGCUCAGAUCAUCUCGUACUUUGGGCUGCCGCCGAAGGAACUGAUCGAGCGAGAGCGCGCGAACCGCCACAUCGAGGCCCGGAAUCCCAUCAUCAACCCGCAGGGGAAACCGUGCAAAACGGUGGCAGAGUUCUGGGGAGGGCCAUUUUUCGACGACAGUGGAGAGUUCAUCCGCAAGGAUCUCAUUCGUCCCGGCCUGAGCCUCGAAGGCAGUUUAACAUAUCCGCUGGAGGAUGAGGAACGGGCCCUGUUCCUCGACCUCAUCAGCAGCAUGCUCAAAUGGAUCCCGGAGGAGCGAGCCACCGCGGGGAACCUGCUCGACCACCCUUACUUUGCCUCCGUAAUGGACUCGAAGUCUGGGCAGGAAGAGCUGGAAAACAACGAAUGA